CGGCUCCACUGCCGAGCAACCGCGGGAAAAUUCCAAAAAAGUCUGAACAAAACAAAAAGCCUGUACGACGAGGCAAACCCAAAUUUUCAAGCCACAGAACGCGGGCGGUGGCGUCCUUUCCGCCACUGCUCAAACUGCUGAAGCAGCUCUGGCGCGGACCACCCGGCAUCAGAUGACUGAUAUUUUGGAGGUACGUGUUAUUUCUUCCUUGAUUGCGUUAUGUAGAGGAUCACCUCUCUAUUUUCAUAUUUGGUGGUAGUGACGGGAUCCAAAGUGAACUUCCUGUGGCAUUUGGGGACAACCAGAAACAGAGACGUGGCGCCACGAACCCCUUUUUGAGUUCACUGUCUUUCUUGCUUUUUCGAAGGCCGUGGGACCUAAGAGAAAUGCAAAUGUUUCCCAUCGGGAUAGAAAAAUAAAAAGAAUGAAAGGGGGGAGGUAUUUGGAAACUGGGCUUAUGAAAAAUUUUAAAUGUCUUCUCCACAAGUAUUAGUUUGAUGCGUGCUUGCUGUUUCCCUCAGUGCUCCGCAGGCCACUGGGAAGGUACAUCACCUUUUCCCUUUUUCUGAGAUGGCUCAAAACUCAGCAGGCCUUUCUUCUGAUUAUCAGUUUUGGAUGCAGAAGCUUUCUGUAUGGGACCAGGCCUCCACUUUGGAAACCCAACAAGACACCUGUCUUCACCUCCCUCAGUUCCAGGAGUUCCUGAGGCAGAUGUAUGAAGCCUUGAAAGAGAUGGAUUCAAAUACAGUUACUGAAAGAUUCCCUACAAUUGGUCAACUGUUGGCAAAAACUUGCUGGAAUCCUUUUAUCUUAGCAUAUGAUGAAAGCCAAAAAAUUCUAAUAUGGUGUUUAUGUUGUCUGAUUAACAAGGAACCACGGAAUUCUGGAGACUCGAAACUUAACUCCUGGACACGGGGGUUGUUAUCUCAUAUACUUUCGGCAUUCAGAUUUGAUAUGAAAGAAGUUGGUCUUUUUACUCAAGGUCUUGGGUAUGCACCUGCAGAUUACUAUCCUGGUUUGCUUAAAAAUAUGGUUUUAUCGUUAGUGUCUGAACUCAGAGAGAAUCACCUUAACGGAUUUAACACUCAAAGGCGAAUGGCUCCUGAACGAGUAAGGUCCCUGUCACGAGUUUGUGUCCCACUUGUUACUCUGCCAGAUUUUGAACCACUGGUGUUGGCUCUGCUCACCUGCCAUGGACAUGAACCUCAGGAGGUGCUGUGGCCUGAGUUCUUCGGUGCUGUGAAUGAGGCCUUUUUGCUGAAGAAGAUUUCUCUCCCCACGUCAGCAAUAGUCUGCCUCUGGCUUCGGCACCUUCCCAGCCUUGAAAAAGCAAUGCUGCAUCUUUUUGAAAAGCUGAUCUCCAGUGAGAGAAAUUUUCUGAGAAGGAUCGAAUGCUUUAUGAAAGAUUCAUUGCUGCCUGAAGCAGCCUGCCACCCUGCCAUAUUCAGAAUUGUGGAUGAAAUGUUCAGGUACGCACUCCUGGAAACCGACGGAGCCCCAGAAGUACUGGCCACCAUUCAGGUGUUUACAUGGUGCUUCUUAGAAGCUCUGGGAAAAGAGAAGAAACAGCUAAAGUUUGCACUCAAGACCUACUUUCCUUAUGCUUCUCCAUCUCUUGUCAUGGUGCUACUCCAACACCCAAAAGAUAUCCCACAGGGACUGUGGCACCAGUCACUGAAACAUAUUUCAGAAAAGCUCAGAGAGAUAGUUGAAGACCAGACUGACGGGUCCUACGGAGGCCCCUUUGAGUGCUGGUUUUUGUUCAUCCACUUUGGAGGAUGGGCUGAUAUUGCGGCUGAGCAGUUACUGAUGUCAGAAGCUGAACCCCCUGAGGCCGUGCUGUGGCUCUUGGCCUUCAGCUACAGACCACGUGAUGGGAGUCAGCAGAGAGCACAGACCAUGGUGGAGGUGAAGGCCGUGCACGGCCGCCUCAUGAAGCUGCUCAGAAGUCCGGCCCUCUCAGCUAGGGAUCUGCAGGCUGCAGCUGGGGAGAGCCAAGCCGCAGCCCCCAGACCAUCUGCGUGUGGACAGCUGAUCAGGCAUCUCCUCCUGAACUUCCUGCUCUGGGCUCCUGGAGGCCACGCAAUUGCCCGGGAAGUCAUCACCCUUAUGGCGCACACGGAUGAGAUAACCCACGAGAUCGCUAGCUUUCUUGACCAGACCUUGUACAGAUGGGAUCGUCUCUGCAUGGAAGCCCCUGCAUCGAGAAAACUGGCCAGAGAGCUCCUUGCAGAGCUGCGGGGUCAAGUCUAGCACAGGCCUGUUGAAGAUGUCGCUGCCACGCAGGGGCCCAGGCUCGUCGGGGCCACGCAACAAAAUGAUGAGACCGCUUCUUAUGGCUCCAAGUUUGUAUGUAGGAGGAGUACCCUCUCUGAGCCAUGAGAACGAGCCAAAAACAUCUUGGCAAGUUCCAGUGGUACAUAUCUUCCCUCCAGUGGUACAAAGCUUCCCUCCACUCGCAAAUUAUAGAAGCUUCAGGCUGCCCAAAACCUAACAAGUGCUUUAGGCCCAGACCCAGAUUUCGCACUAAUGGCUGGAUUAUGCCUCCCGCAUUCCCUGUACCUGCCCAGCCCAGGACGUCCAUUAGAGAUUCACUGAAGAAAGGCUGGAUGAAGAACAGAGGCUCAUUUCCUUUUUUUCCCAUAUCAACCAAGAUGCACAACAUUAUUUGAAUGUUUCAGAGUCUUUGGACUGAGAGUUUGGUCAUGAGCUACUGAUCAGUUUAGAAAGUAACUUAGCCCUUUUCCAUAGACCUCUUUUUUUUUUUAGAACUCAGGUAAUUGUUAUUGUAUUUCUUUUAAUCCAUAGGGAUUUAAGAUAAAGCCACACUCUCUUGCUUCCCUAAGAAAUUCUUCAUUCAGGAGGGUCAGGAUCCCUCAAGCUUCCCUUGGCACCCCCUGAGCAGGUCAAGGAGAAGCAGAGCCCACCAAGCCCAGUGGCAAGGAGUGGUGAGGGGCCGCCGGGCACCGUGGGUGCCUGUGCCGGCCCUGCUGUGGAGAGCACCACUGCUGAGCAGUGAAAUCAAGCCAGCCUGCUGCUAGCUUGUUUUGCUUUCUGCCUGCUGAACACUGACUGCUACCGAAAGAGUUCAUAUUACCUCAAAGAUGGCUGGGGGCCGGGGUACAGGAUGUGUUCCAGAAACGUCAGAUUAUGCAACAGUUGUCUUGUGAAAGGAAAUGGGAAUUGGAAAUUUAUAAUAAAGAAUUGGUAGCCCCAGGGUUAAUGUUUCUUUCACGUCAGUUGAAGAUACUUUUUCCUUUCUGGUUUAUUCUUCACUUGCAUUGAUUUUAUGCUCUUUGGUGUAUAUUCUGUUUGUCAAGGGAGUCAAGACUUUAUGUCCACUUUGAUUUAUGUAUUAGUAAUCUCCGAAUCGCCUUCAGUCCCAGCUGCUGUUUGAGGUAUGAGUCAAGUUUUGUUGUAUUAGAGGUUGCACUUUCAGGAGAAUUAUUUGUUUUGGUUAUGGAUCAGCAAAAUUCCAAGUACUUUUGACCUGAGCCUUCCUUUUGAGAAAUGUUACACUAUGAAAUGUGUACUGUUAAAGUACUUUUAUCACAACUGCCAUCAUUCUUACUUUCCUAUGCUUCACUUGGAGUUGAGGACCUCUCUCCUAUGUUGAUUUUUGCUGUGGAAGCUGUGGUCAACCUCUGCGGAGAUGAAGAAGGGGCUCAGUUUGGUGGUGGUGAGUAAUGCUUAAAGUGAGCGCCUGCCUGGAAUCAGACCUCCCCGGGGGGUUGUGCUUCCCUGUGGACUUCCAUUCACGCUGUAUUUCCCAGCCAACAGUAAAAACAAGACGGUUAUCCACCUCACACUGUGUAAGCUACGUUUCUGGAAGAUUCCUUCCUGUCCUGACCUUGCCUCAGCCUGUUUGUAGUAUCUCCCCAUUUCUUUACAAAGCCUCUGCGUUCUCCUGAGCCGUGGACUGGGAUCAGAGAACAGAGCCCAAAAUGAGAGGGAGAAAAGGCUUUCCUGACCACCUGUUAAUACAAAGGUUAUGUUUUUCACUGGGACUUGGAGAUGUCAAUGGAAUUUGUUAGCUUUUUAAAAUUUGUAAUUUGUCUUAUAUUUUUUCCUUCUAAAUAAAAAGUCACACUGCA